GUAGGUUUAACAUUACAAGACUUUAGAGAUUGAAAUUGAAAGUUUUUGCUCUAGUGUUAUAAAUUAGUAGGAAAAAUCAAAAUAUAAAAAAGUACAUUAUUAAGUAUGUAGAAAUUCUCUAAUUGAUAAUAAUAAUAAUAGCAUUAUUUGUAUAUCCCCUUUAAGAACAGAUGUUUUCAAAGCGCUUUGACCAUAAGCAGAAUAACAAAUAAUUCAGAGCAUCAUAACACAAACAAAAGAACACAAGAAAGACAAAACCCCAGCAAUAGAACAUCAUCAUAACCUAGCAGACAUAAAAAACGAAGAACGUAUACACUCAAAAAGACUUCAUAAACAAGAAGAGAAAUAUAAAAAUUCAGAAUAAAACUAAAGACCUAAUAUUUUUUAAUGUAAAACAAGAAGUUUUUUGUCCCUUUUACCAUUGGGAACAGUCUUCAUCCGCUGAAUUACUUAAAAAUAUUAUAUCAUAACAUUUCCUUAAUCUCUUGGCUGAAUCACAAUACCCCUUUCUUAUUUAUAUUAUAUUUAAUUUAUUCUAUAAAGUAUGUCAUAAUGUGUGUUUCUCAGUGAAACAGCAGAGGCUACUACAGAAUGACCUUGUUUGAACAUCAGCUCUAAGAAUAUCGCGAUAAAUUCGACAUAAAAGUCAAACCUGCCACACUCUCGCGAGAAAGCGUCGGACGUCACUUCUGUGUCAUAGGUCACGUGUGUGUGUUUGUAGCACCUACAGUACGGUCGUAGCAGCGGUACUGGUAGACUGGUCAUAGAUUCUCGAAAUGGAUACAGAUAAUGCAGAACAAACGUCGCCAUAGAAAGCAACUUCCUUCACUUCAGUACCGAGCCCCGCUACAGCGAGGAUGUUCCCCAGCCUGGCCACCAGACCAUGGCAUGUCUUCUGCAGGGUCUCCUUGCAGCACAAGGCCCCUCUGUCUCAAAGGUCCCCGAGGUUCCCCCAGCUGAGCUACGGCUGGCAGAGUGGAGGUAUCCACAGCCUGUGGUUCAGCUUUCCAGAAUGCCGCGUCACCUCUCUGGGGCUCGGUAAGGUACACUACUACUCUACCUCUGGUAACAGUAAAGAUGAUCCUCCUAAAUCAGCAGCAGCUGAAGCUCCAUCAGCAGAGAAGAUCUUGUCUGCAGCACCAGGGUCAUCACCCAAGAAGCUGACUAAAGCUGAGACAAUUCAAGUAAAAGUUCGGGCAGUCCUUAAGAAAAGGGAAUAUGGAGCCAAGUACACCAAGAACAACUUUAUCACUGCAGUCAGAGCCAUGAAUGAGUUCUGCCUUAAACCAAGUGAUCUGGAGCAGCUCCGAAAAAUCAGAAGGCGCAGCCCCCAUGAUGACACAGAGGCUUUCACUGUGUUUCUGCGGUCUGACGUGGAAGCCAAAGCUCUUGAUGUUUGGGGAAGCCAUGAAGCUCUGGCCCGAGAGAGAAAUCUCAGAAAAGAGGUGGAGAGAGAGUACCAAGAGAAUAUAUUUCGGAGUCAGCAGCUACUGAAGGAAUACAAAGACUUUUGGGGGAACACCAAGCCUCGAUCAGGGAAGAGGACGACUUUUCUACAGGGCCCGGGGAAAGUGGUGAUGGUUGCUAUUUGCAUCAAUGGGCUGAACUUCUUCUUUAAGCUCCUGGCCUGGGUCUACACAGGAUCAGCCAGCAUGUUCUCAGAGGCCAUCCACUCUCUAGCAGACACCUGCAACCAGGCUCUGCUGGCCCUGGGGAUCAGCCAGUCAGUCCGCAACCCUGAUGCUGUGCACCCGUACGGCUUCUCUAACAUGCGCUACAUCGCUUCCCUAAUUAGUGGAGUGGGCAUUUUCAUGAUGGGAGCAGGCCUCUCCUGGUACCAUGGCAUCAUGGGAUUGCUGCACCCUGAGCCCAUUGAAUCUUUGUUAUGGGCCUACUGUAUUUUAGCAGGCUCUCUGGUGUCUGAAGGAGCCACAUUACUUGUAGCUGUCAAUGAGAUAAAGAAAAGCGCCCACCAGCAUGGAUUGUCUUUUUAUGAAUAUGUUAUGCAGAGUCGAGAUCCAAGUACCAACGUGGUGCUGCUGGAAGAUGCUGCUGCUGUUCUAGGAGUCAUCAUGGCUGCUGGCUGCAUGGGGCUCACCUCUCUCACAGGUAACCCGUACUACGACAGUUUAGGUUCUCUGGGUGUCGGCACGCUGUUGGGCACCGUCUCGGCCUUCCUCAUCUACACCAACACGGAGGCUCUGUUGGGACGCUCCAUACAGGCAGAGCGCGUGCAGAAACUAACAGAGUUCCUGGAGAACGACCCCGCUGUCAGGGCCAUCCAUGACGUGAAGGCCACGGACAUGGGACUGAGUAAAGUACGCUUCAAGGCAGAGGUGGACUUUGAUGGGCGAGUGGUGACACGGUCUUACCUGGAAAAACAAGACAUCGACCAAAUCCUCAAUGACAUCCAGCAGGUGAAGACCCCCGAAGAGCUGGAGAACUUCAUGCUGAAGCAUGGGGAGAACAUCAUCGACACCCUGGGGGCCGAGGUGGACCGUCUGGAGAAAGAACUCAAGCAACGUAACCCAGAGGUCCGUCAUGUAGACUUGGAGAUUCUAUAAAACCUUUCUGCUGAGGGGACUUCCUGCUGGAACGAGAAAAGCCUGCAAGAGGAAAAGGUGACGGGAGCGCCGAGCCCGCCUCCACAGUCUGCCUCCCAUCCUAACCGUCACAUAACACACCUCCGUCUCUGCACAAAGCAUCAAGUCUUACUGUAGUUUAGUUCACAGGACUUCGGCCAUGAUUGUGUCGUCUUUGUGUUGCUUGAGCUUCAGUUUCACAUGAAGACUUUAACCUGCCUGAUGUUCAAGAGUGUGUCUCUGACGGCAGACUGUCAUUAGACUCCUUGAAUCACAAACAUGCCUGUGACAGUUUAGUGUGAAGGCUUGAGCUCGCAGUCCUCCUUGAAUGUGUCAGGGGAGAAAAUCAUAACCUCAAGAAACAAAAAUCUCAAUAACAGGACCAGUAUAAUUGUCAGGACUAGUGCUUAAUGUUAAUCUUGAACUACAGUGAUAGAGUUUCCUGUAUUAGUGCAGAGGAAACCAGAGCUACAUGUUCAAAUGAUAUUUAAUGGUCAAUAUUAGACUUGUUUCUUUUGUUUUAAUGUAAAAACGGAGCACUGGAACAGCACGAUGCUGCUGCAGGCUCCUCAAAGAUGAUUAGAUUUUAUUGCUAUUACAUAAAAAGUAAUGUGAUUGUAUUACAGAGUGAGCUAAUGUUUAAUACAGUAGCACUUAAUGAGCAACAAACUCUAGGACGUAUCUUUACACAGGGUCAAAUGCAAGGAGCAAAAACAGCUGUCAGGAAUGGAAAUAUCCUCCAAUAUGUCAUCCUGUGCAAUCUAUGUACAAAAAUAUCAUAAAUAAUCUCCUACUGAUUCUAUUUCUGCUGAAUAUUCUCUGUGUUUUCGUUCUGCAUAUUCAGCUGAAGCAUGGGUCACACCUGCCUGCUAAACAUCUUACUCUGCUUCAGCAGGUAGAGCCGGCAGAGACAUUUCAUCUUACUGGGGAGGAGGAGAGCUGUGGAUUUAUAUUUUUGAAAGUGUUAAUAGUGUAAUAUUUUCCAUUUGGUUAUAACUAUGCUGCCACUGCUGAAGGACUUGGAAUAAAUUUGAAGUAAUUUA